CGGCGGGGCGAGCCGGGGCGCUCUGGCGUGAGGACGCGCCGCGGCUGCCGCUGAGCUGGGCCCGGGACGCGCCGGCCGCCGGGAGCGGGCGCCAGAGCAAACAUGAAUGUUGGAGUUGCCCACAGUGAGGUAAACCCUAAUACUCGUGUAAUGAACAGCCGUGGUAUGUGGCUGACGUAUGCUUUGGGAGUUGGCUUGCUUCAUAUUGUAUUACUCAGCAUUCCCUUCUUCAGUGUUCCUGUUGCUUGGACCUUAACAAACAUAAUACAUAAUCUGGGAAUGUAUGUGUUUUUGCAUGCAGUAAAAGGAACACCUUUUGAAACUCCCGAUCAGGGUAGAGCAAGACUCCUAACCCACUGGGAACAGCUCGACUAUGGCGUACAGUUUACAUCUUCUCGGAAGUUUUUCACAAUUUCACCAAUAAUUUUAUACUUUUUGGCAAGUUUCUAUACGAAGUAUGAUCCAACUCACUUCAUCCUAAACACAGCUUCUCUCCUGAGUGUACUUAUUCCCAAAAUGCCACAGCUGCAUGGUGUUCGGAUCUUUGGAAUUAAUAAGUAUUGAAAUGUGUCUACAGUUGAAUGAAACUGUUAGAGCUACUGUAUUUCCUGAAAGGAAAGUGUAGUUAGUGAACUACGCUGUUUCUGUGAUAAUGCGAAAAAAGAGGUACUUACAUUGGAGGGCCAAAUACUGGGCCUUCAUAGGCUGUCUUAAAGUGCAGAACUCUACUUAGGGAUGGCACUGUCUAAUGUGCGUGGUAUAUUUCUGAAAGAGGCUUUACAGGCAGGCUGGGCAGGCCCAGCUUAUAAAAUGGUGGUAGCACAAUGAGGGUACAGUAACUAAACCCAAGGAAAUGAGGGAUUUGUAUGAAACCAGGACCAGCUUAUAGUAAAUGGGCAUUAUGUUACAGAAGGAAAAAAAUUCCAAUCAUUCAUAGUCAGUUUAAGCAGACUUAUAGAAAGCAGAAUCACCUGUAUACAUGUUUUUAUUACUGUACACAUUCCACUUUAUAUGACAUACACCCUCUUGUUUUAUACAAUCCCCUUCCUACCUUAUAUGUGUACUUUUUUGGUUUUCCCAGUUAUUUUGUGUUGAUAAAGGAGGUCAUGUUUGCAUUUAUUGCAUUACAGAGUUUGUGAAGGUUCACCUUCGUGCCUCACUCUGACAGGAGAUAGGCAGGUAUAAUAGGACAAGGCUCUAAGUCAACAAUCUCAUUUUGGAACAAAGUGGGUUUUACUGCUUUUCCAGAAGCAAAGCUGCUAAACCAAUUAAAUGAAUAAUUUAUUUAAAGUAGCUGAGAUUUUGUGUAGCUUGAAAGUAUUGUUCAGUUGGUGGUGCAAGCUGUUAAGUCUGUCAUUCUUUAGAAAAGGAAAUGCAGUAUGCAGCCAACUGCUAUGGGCAGAACUGAAACAAUGAAUUCUCUGUUAGCAAGUCUAAAGUAACAGAUAAUAUUGUAUGGUCUUAGUCUCCUGCUCUUGAUCCCCGCAGUUUGCCUAUUAAUGUUUCCUUUAAAUAUGCGACAAUGUCAAAUGGUACCUAUGUCCACAGCAACAACUAUAUUGAAUUCUUGUGACUUGGGGACUUCCUAGAGUUGCUAGCAUUAAUUGUAUGAAAUUACUACUACUAUGAGGAGUAAAUACAUUUCUAAAAUGUUAAAAGAUAAAGCUGAAAAACUUAGUAGCAUAAGAUUAAAAACUGUUGUAGACCAAUUUGUAAAUCGAUUUGUGGGAAUAAACAGACUUUAAGGGUAGUGAUCAUUGUUUCAUAUUUCAAAAGUACUGAGUUUAGAAAUCACUUGUAUAAUACUGCCUUUGUAUGUUUGUCUUUAUGUGUUUUUAAAUAACUGGUAAUUGAUGCUUUAAUAAAAAAAGUUUUGUGUGUGUUUAA